GGGGGACAGCGCCCCUCCCCGAGUCGGGCCUCGCUCCCACGCCCCCUUUCGUUGGGCCAGGAGCCCUACGUGACUUCGCUGGGGUACGUGGGGGCGUGCCCGCGCCGCCCCGCCCCGCUCUGGCCCGCGGACCUCUCCGCGCGCUAUUUUCUAGGUUUCAGCCUAGAUUUCCAGCGUGGUCUCUUCCUUCAGCCUGUUCGGGAUUAUGGCGACAGCAGAGGUGUUGAACGUUGGCAAAAAGCUCUAUGAGGGAAAAACAAAAGAAGUCUAUGAGUUGCUAGACAGCCCAGGGAAAGUCCUGCUGCAGUCCAAGGACCAGAUCACAGCCGGAAAUGCAGCCAGAAAGAAUCACCUGGAAGGGAAAGCCGCCAUCUCCAACAAGAUUACCAGUUGUGUUUUCCAGUUGUUACAGGAAGCAGGUAUCAAAACUGCUUUCACCAAAAAAUGUGGAGAGACAGCUUUCAUUGCACCCCAGUGUGAAAUGAUUCCAAUUGAAUGGGUUUGCAGAAGAAUAGCAACUGGUUCUUUUCUCAAAAGAAAUCCUGGCGUCAAGGAAGGAUUUAAGUUUUACCCACCUAAAGUUGAGCUAUUUUUCAAGGAUGAUGCUAAUAAUGAUCCACAGUGGUCUGAAGAACAGCUAAUUGCUGCAAAAUUUUGCUUUGCUGGACUUGUUAUAGGCCAAACUGAAGUGGAUGUCAUGAGUCAUGCUACACAAGCCAUUUUUGAAAUACUGGAGAAAUCCUGGUUGCCCCAGAACUGUACACUGGUUGAUAUGAAGAUUGAAUUUGGUGUUGAUGUGACUACCAAAGAAAUUGUUCUCGCUGAUGUUAUUGAUAAUGAUUCCUGGAGACUCUGGCCAUCAGGAGAUCGAAGCCAGCAGAAAGACAAACAGUCUUACCGUGACCUCAAGGAAGUAACCCCUGAAGGGCUUCAGAUGGUAAAGAAGAACUUUGAAUGGGUUGCAGAGAGAGUACAGUUGCUUCUGAAAUCAGAAAGCCAGUGCAGAGUUGUAGUGUUGAUGGGCUCAACUUCUGAUCUUGGUCACUGUGAAAAAAUCAAGAAGGCUUGUGGAAAUUACGGGAUUCCCUGUGAACUUCGAGUAACAUCUGCCCAUAAAGGCCCAGAUGAAACUCUGAGGAUUAAAGCUGAAUAUGAAGGGGAUGGCAUUCCAACUGUGUUCGUGGCAGUGGCGGGCAGAAGCAAUGGCUUAGGCCCAGUGAUGUCUGGUAACACUGCAUAUCCAGUUAUCAGCUGUCCUCCCCUCACAUCAGACUGGGGAGCUCAGGAUGUGUGGUCUUCUCUGAGACUACCCAGUGGUCUCGGCUGUUCGACCAUACUUUCUCCAGAAGGAUCAGCUCAAUUUGCUGCUCAGAUAUUUGGAUUAAACAACCACUUGGUAUGGGCCAAGCUGCGAGCAAGCAUAUUGAAUACAUGGAUUUCCUUGAAACAGGCUGACAAGAAAAUCAGAGAAUCCAACUUCUAAGAAUGUCAUUUCAGCCGGGGAGAAGACUCAGUGGAAUAAGCGCUUCCCUGGCAAGCACAAGGGCCUGAGUUCAAUCCCCGAUUCUAAAAAAAAA